AUGUCAGAUCCAGCCAUCCCCGUGGUCAGGGGUAAGACCAACAACAAGCUUGUAGGGAACUCGCUGCUCUAUAGCGUCUCUGUCUUCCUGAGUAUCGGAGUAUGGUUGUUCGGAUAUGAUCAAGGAGUCAUGUCAGGAGUCAUUACCGGUCCAUACUUCAAAGCCUACUUCAACCAGCCGACAUCUACAGAGCUUGGCAAUAUGGUAGCUGUCUUGGAAAUUGGAGCAUUCAUCACCUCUUUGGCUGCCGCGCAUAUCGCAGACAACUAUGGUCGACGGAUGACUCUCAGGACGGGUGCAUUGGUGUUUACAAUCGGGGGAGCCUUUCAAACAUUUUGUGUGGGUUACUACAGCAUGGUGUUUGGCAGAGUCAUAAGUGGUUUCGGCGUCGGAAUGUUGAGCAUGGUGGUACCGAUAUACCAGUCUGAGAUCUCCCCGGCCAGCCAUCGUGGAUUGCUCGGCUCAGUCGAAUUCACUGGUAAUAUCAUUGGAUAUGCUUCGUCCGUGUGGAUUGACUAUGCUUGCUCCUAUUUCCAGUCGGACUGGUCUUGGAGACUUCCUCUCUCUGUCCAAUGUAUCGGCGGAGGCUUCUUGUUCUUUGGGAGUUUUGUAACCCCCGAAUCGCCCCGGUACUUGGUGGACACAGAUCAAGAAGUAGAAGGCCUGGCUGUCAUCGCUGAUUUCCAGGGGAAAGCUCUGGACGCAGACACUGUACAAGCAGAAUACAAAGAGAUCAGAGAUGCUGUGCUUGCUGACCGAGCGGUUGGUGAUAGAAGCUACAAGGCCUUGUGGAGGCGUUACAAGGGCCGUGUCCUAAUCGCCAUGAGCAGUCAACUGUUUGCCCAACUUAAUGGUAUCAACGGUCAGUCCUGGUUUCAAAAUUUGAGACAUGCUGGAUGGAUCGGACGGGACGCCAUUCUGAUGACUGGCAUCAAUGCCCUUUGUUACGUUGCGAGUUCCCUGCCUCCGUGGUAUCUGAUGGACCGGGCGGGCCGAAGGCCUAUCCUCCUUACAGGCGCUGUAGCGAUGUCAAUUGCAUUGACCGCCACGGGAUGGUGGAUCUACAUCGAUCAGGCAAUAACUCCCAACGCCGUUGUCAUUUGUGUGGUCAUCUACAAUGCGGCCUUUGGGAUGUCUUGGGGUCCAGUUCCUUGGCUCUAUCCUCCCGAGAUCAUGCCAUUGGCCUUCCGAGCCAAGGGCGUUUCCUUGUCUACUGCUACUAACUGGUGGGUCGGCGUCUCCACGCCCCUCUUCCAGGAGCUCAUUGGGUGGCGACUCUACCCGAUGCACGCCUUCUUCUGUGCGAUGUCCUUCGUCUUGGUCUACUUUUUGUAUCCCGAAACUCGUGGGGUCGCUCUGGAGGAUAUGGACAAACUGUUUGGGGACGAGAUCGACGAAGACGACGAGUCGGAUGACGAGGAUGAGGAUGAGGAUGGGGAUCGGGAUGGGUCCGAGACAUCUUCGUUGGUCGGCAACGUCCACCGUCGGCAUCGCUCAAACAGAUCCUCUUUCUCCUCCUUGCCAAUCUCUCGCCGACCGUCGCCAUUGCCGACCAGAACAGACGGAUCUUCUGGCCAAGGUCUAGUCAGCAGGAUUUUUGGGCCCUUUAAUGGAAACCAGAAGCAAAAGAACGUGCCUGCAGGUUACAGUGCGGUGGACGGCGAAUAG